AUGGAAAGCAUUGACAUUGCACCUCCCGAGGACUGGGUGACCGACCUCAUGAAUGCACCAGAGCUUCCCACCAACCGCAACCGCUUAGAAGUGGUCCUGAUCCAAGACGAGGACGAAAACACAGCCAUGUCUUCGCACAACGCUCAACAGAACACAUCGAGAAGCGUCGCUCAAGUCAUCCAACAACCCGCCUCGGGAGCGGUGACAACUCUGUCGAAGAAACCCCCAGGCGCUUGCUUCCAGACCUUGGUCACCAUCGAGGUCGGAAUCGAANAGAAGCAAUUCGUGAUCCAUAAGGACCUUCUUACCUUCUAUUCCGACUACUUCCGCGGUGCUUUCAACGGCUCUUUCAAGGAGGGCGCCGAGGGCAAGUUGUCUCUGCUCGACGUAGACGUCGAAACCUUCGACCUCUUCCACAAGUUCCUCUACACCGGCUGUCUCGCCGACGGCGAGGGACACAAACUGCAUUCGCGCAAACUGAUCAGACUCUGGCUGUUUGGCGACCAGUUCAUCAUUCCUUGUUUUCAGAACGUCGUCGUCGACGCCAUCCUCAAGAGAAUGGAUGUCGCUUUCGUCAUUCCUGACAUCACCUGCAUCAAACUGGUCUGGGAGAACACACUGCGCUCUGCACCUCUGCGAAAGUUCAUGCUGGACGUUCAGGUGUACCUGACCGGUGUUGAAGAAUCUUUGUCGGCUGAGAAUGAGCAACACUGGCCUGCCGAAGCGGUCACCGAUCUGGUCAAGGCUCUCAACACUGAAGCACUCUUCGGUCACUAUCCACCCGCUGUCGACAAGAUAAUGCCUCAGCGCGAUAGAUGCUACUACCAUGUUCACGCCGACGGAGAGAGAUGUGAGUAG